AUCAAACUGAUCAUAGAUAUCUAUGCUGUGAUGCUGUCUCCGCCUCUUUCGUUCGAUUUUCUGGUUCAUUUUUCACAUCAUUUUGGUCACAUGCACUAGAAAGCAAGCUAGCGAGUUCGAGUCUGCAAUAGGCAGGAGCAUUGAGCAAGAGCAGCUUAGCAGGAGCAGGCGUACCUGAACUACCCUGACCAUGAGAAGGAACCUAGCUGAAGUUGACCGUGAAACGGAGAGGCUUAUUCAUCAACGCCCAAUAGGCCUCGACCCAUUAACAAUUAACACCAAGAGGAUCUCUCUAGGUGCGUGGCUUCUGAGCUAUUUACCUGUGAUCAGCUGGUAUCCGAGGAGGAGUUAUCAAGUUCUUGUUUUUGUCCUUACGUUUGCAUGCUAUGCCAGCUAUCAUAUGACCAGAAAAACAUUCAGUGCUGCAAAGAGUACUUUGGGUCCUGAUUGUUCAACACAUCAAACUGGUAACUGUGCCAGCGAUUCUGGUUCACAAAAUGAUACAGGCUGGAGACCAUUCAAUGAGACCAAUUGUGAGGCACUCUUUGGUAUCGUUGAUAAUGUGUGGUCUUUUGCUUAUGCCUUAUUUUUAUUUGGAAGUGGCAUAGUUGCCGAGAGAGUAGAUUUGAGGUACUUUCUAACAGUGGGAAUGAUUGGAAGUGCUAUAAGUACUGGAAUGCUGGGUGUGGCUUAUUUCGCUAAAAUUUAUCAUCUUUAUUAUUUUCUUAUAUGGAUGGCUGUUAGUGGAAUUAUGCAGUCUACCGGUUGGCCUGGUACCGUGGCUGUCAUGGGUAAUUGGUUCGGAAUAAAGAGGCGUGGUUUCUUCAUGGGCGUGUGGAACGCUCACACGUCAGUCGGUAACAUCUUGGGUACCGUCAUACCGGCGUUUUGGGUGGAACCUGGCAGACCAUGGGGUUGGGCUUUUGUUGUCCCUGCUUUAAUUAUGCUUGUGGUUGCAAUGGCAGUUUUCUUUUUCCUUGUAGUAGAUCCAACUGAUAUAGGACAGACGCCGCCAAAACAUCAUAUUUCACAGUCCAGACGUUAUAGAGAUGAUGAGAAAGGAGACACUGGAUCACUUAAUCAUGAAAAUGGAGCAAUAGUCACCAUUAAUGAAGAUGCUAAUGGAUUUGAUCCACUGGGAAAUAAAGAGCACAAUACCGAAACCAAGAACACUCAUAAAAGGAAGGCUAGUGUGACCAGUUUAGCUAAAGAUGCUGGUUACAAUGUCCUAAUUGGUAACGAUGAUGGAGCCAUUGGUAUUGUGAAGGCUUUAAUGAUACCUGGUGUGGUUGAAUUCUCACUUGCUCUGUUCUGUUCCAAGCUAGUUGCAUACACGUUCCUCUUUUGGCUUCCUUAUUAUGUUCGAAACAGACAGAUCGGUGGUAAAUGCCUAGGCAGUAAAGAGUCUGACUUUCUUUCAACUUUUUUUGAUGUUGGUGGCAUUGUUGGCGGUAUUACAGCAGGUGUCAUUUCUGAUUUGCUCAAUGCCCGUGCCAUUAGUUGUACACUAAUGCUUUAUAUCUCAGUACCAGCUUUGUACAUUCUUCACCAUUUUGGGAAUUACGAUUCUGCAGUAUUUAUAAGUUUAUUGAUAUUGUGUGGUAUACUUGUCAAUGGACCUUAUGCUUGCAUUACCACUGCUGUGUCAAAUGACCUGGGCACACACAAAGAUCUUAAAGGUAAUCAAAAGGCUAAGGCAACAGUUUCAGCCAUUAUUGAUGGAACAGGCUCUGUAGGUGCUGCCAUUGGUCCAUUGUUGACCGGUUUUAUAUCAAAACAUUCUUGGGAUAAUGUUUUCUACCUAUUGAUGGUAUCUUCUUUUGUAUCUGCAUUGUUGCUCACCAGACUAGUCAUUAAAGAAAUUAUAGAAUUAUAUAGAAGAUAUUGUCAUUGUUAUACAUGUCUUAGGUAUUGUUCUACAGAUUAAUGGAAGACUGAGAUUUAUUAUCUCAACUUUUACUAUUAGUUUAUUGUAAUGAUACCUUUUAUAAUGUUAA